AUGGCCCAGCAAGGUGACAGCACAGUGGGGGAUUCCCUGAGUGUGCGAUGUCAGUACGAGGAGAAUUACAGACUAACUGACAAAUACUGGUGCAGAGUGUCAUCGUACUAUGUAAAGAGAUUGUCAAGACCAGAGCCUCAAAAGAAGCUGGGAAUGGCCGAGUGUCCAUCAGGGACCAUCCAGCCAACCUCACUUCACAGUGACCUUGAGAACCUACCUGAGGAUGCAGGCACCUACAAGUGUGCGUCCCUGGUGAGCAGCAUCUACUUCAAGCUCCUGGUCUUUCUGGAGGUGCCCCUGCUCCUGAUCAUGCUCAGUGCUGUCCUCUGGGUGAACAGGCCUCAGAGUGCUUGGAAGAAGCAGCAUUGUCCUGAUUAUGAGAAUCAGUCCCAGGAACACAAGAAUAAGAAAUACUGGUGCAGAGUGUCGCUGCUACCAACAUGUAAAGAGAUUGUCAGGACCAGAGCAUCAAAAGAAGCUGGGAAUGGCCGAGUGUCCAUCAGGGACCAUCCAGCCACCCUCAUCUUCACAGUGACCUUGGAGAACCUCACCCUGGAGGAUGCAGGCACCUGCAUAUGUGGAGUGGAUAUACUGCUUUUUGAUGACUCCUUGAGGGAGAUCCAUCCCUCCUUGGGGAUGGAUGACUUCUUCAAAGUUGUGGUGUCCGUGGUCCCAGGCUCUAGCCCCGAGAACAGAGCACAUACCCUGGGGUCCCCCACAUCCUCACCAGUGCACACUCAGCCCAGCGUGACCACAGAGGACACAACUCCUGGUCCCAGCCUACAACCCCGGUCCCUACAAAGCAGCAUCUUCUUCCAGCUCCUGGUCUUUCUGGAGGUGCCCCUGCUCCUGAGCAUGCUCAGUGCAGUCCUCUGGGUGAACAGGCCUCAGAGGUGCUCUGCGAAGAAGCAGCAUUGCCCCGAUUAUGAGAAUCAGUGAGGUCUGUUGACAUCAAAGCUCUGUUCAUGUCCCUGGACACAGCACUUCUGGUGGCAGAGGACAACAAAUAAAACUGUGUUCCUGAGAAUACUCUGAGAUUUUUUUUUUAGAAGACUCUUUGUGCUGUGUCAAACACAUAGAAGAAUGUGCCCAAUAAAUACAUAUACAUACA